GGAGGGGAGACGCAGAGAGAGUGCGAGUGAGCGAGCGAGAGAGAGAAAGAGAGAGAGAGAGCGUCUGUGUGAGAGUGAGUGAGAGAGAGAGAGAGGGACUUCCACUGCUCGCUGCUCACUCCGGCAGCAGCCAGCCAUCCACCGUCUGGGAGGUGUGCAUGAGCGGCGCAGGCAGCGCGAGAGCGAGGUGCGAUUGGGAAAAUCCAGGCGAGCAGCGGAUGGACUUGUGAGGAUUGAGGAUUAUUUUACGAGGACAUUAACGAAGACUCUGGAGGAGGAAGGGGGGGGUCGCCUUGUGGAUGCUGCAGUGCUGGGAGUGCGCACCCGUACGCACACGCCUGGUGUGUGUUUCACCACCAUUAGUGUGUGUGUGGAGUGUGUGGAGUCUCAAAGUUGCCCAGGAUGCUGAGCGUUGAUCCAGCGUCGCGCGAAAGGAUCCAUCGUCUACUUCGUGGCGCGUUGCUUUGCUUUGGGCACUAACGAGAGCGCACCAGGAGCUCUCCACCUCUGUCUCUUUUCUGAAUCUUUUAUUUUAUUCUUUUCUUGUCUUUCUCUUUUCUUGUCUUUCUAUCUAUCUCUCUAUCUAUCUAUCUUUUUCGGUUCCUCUCUAUCUCUGUCUCAUCUCUAUCAUCCCUCUCUCUCUAUCUCUUUUUGGUGUUGCUAAACCUGACAGACCACUCCAUAUCCAGCAUCCCUCGCUCUCUAACAGGGUGGAAUAUAUAAAAAUAAAUACAAACAUAUAGACGGCAAGCUCACGAGUGUACAGAAUAAAAAGGGGAGAUAAAGCGUAAGGAGCAGGACAAGACAUCUGAGGAAAGACGAGAGAGACGAGAGGAUAUACAGCAUCAGCGAGGGACAUCUGCGAUAAGUACGAGGGAGAAAGACUAUAAUAUUGUCUGAUACGGGAUCAGAUACCAGUCCAUCUCAGGCUAUUUAUCGUGGGACUUCUAUUUCUUGUGGGGGAAUCGCAAAGCCCAAAAGGCGAUCGUGUUCGGUCGCAAUAUCCCGCUGUUGUGGACUAAUCUAGACGGACCUUCUUCAAACGACAUUUUCCUGCAGGCCAUGGCUGUGGACUCUCGACCCCACGCUAGAGCGACUGUGACGGCCCGGUCUGUUUUAAUGUGAUCCAGUCUUUGGGAAUUCUACGCAUCGGAACGCUCCUUGAGGAUUUAAGAGACUUGUUUAACGCAGGUGCAACCCUACUGUUUUCUGAAGACGCACAAGAUAUAAAGACACUGCGGAGAGGAGCGGUUUAUUGUGAAGAAGUCGGAAUCUCCACCAUGGCUACGAGGAAGAGUGCUUCUCGAUGUGAGCCGUGACAGAAUGGUGGACUGUCUGAGUCGAGUCAUGUUGCACACGGCUGUGUCCUGCUGGCAGCCACUGCUGGGGCUGGCCUUGGUGGCCGUGUUUCUAGGCUCCACCCUCGCCUGCCCUUCCCGCUGCGAGUGCUCCGCCCAGAGCCGAUCUGUCAUCUGCCACCGGAAACGCUACCCCGCCAUCCCCGACGGCAUCCCCAUUGAGACGCGCAUCCUGGACCUCAGCAAGAACCGCAUCCAGGCCAUCAAUCCUGAUGACUUUGCUCCCUAUCCCCACGUCGAAGACUUGGACUUGAGCGGCAAUAUCAUUGCAUACGUAGAGCCUGGAGCCUUCAACUCCCUAUUUAGCUUGCACACCCUCAGUCUCAAAAGUAAUCGCAUCAAGCUCCUCUCGCUGGGCGUCUUCACAGGCCUUUCAAACCUCACUGCACUGGACAUUAGCGACAACAAGGUCGUCAUCCUGGUCGACUACAUGUUCCAGGACUUGCACAACCUCAAGUCGCUUGAGGUUGGGGAUAAUGAGCUGGUCUACAUUUCACAUCGGGCAUUUAAUGGCUUGCUGGCUCUGGAGAGUCUGACGCUGGAGCGCUGUAACCUGACUGUGGUGCCCACCGAAGCCCUUUCCCACCUGCACAACCUGGUUAGCCUACACAUGCGCUACCUCAGCAUCAGCACCCUCCAUCCCUAUUCCUUCAAGAAGCUGUUCCGCUUGCGCCAUUUGGAAAUCGACAACUGGCCAUCUCUGGAUGUGUUCCCUGCCAACACCCUGCACGGGCUCAACCUCACUACACUGUCUGUCACCAAUACCAACCUGUCCAGCUUCCCCUACCAGGCCUUGCGCCACAUGCCUUACCUAACACACCUGAACCUUUCCCACAGUCGCAUCCGUACGGUGGAAGGAGGCCUUCUCCAAGACCUGGUUCGUCUACGUGAGCUGCGAUUAUCAGGUGCCCAGCUUGUAUCUGUUGAACCCUAUGCUUUUCAGGGCCUACGCUGGCUCAAAGUUCUUGACGUGUCCCAUAACAAGUUGGACACUCUAGAGAGAGGUGUGUUUCAUGCACCAGAGGCUCUGGAGCUACUGCUGAUCAACGACAACCCGCUAGUAUGCGAUUGCCGACUGAUGUGGCUCCUCCAGAAACGGCACUCCAUCUCUUUUGGAGAGGAACAGCCCGAGUGCAACACACCAGAAGGCAUCCGAGGACGCCCCUUCAAGGAGUUCAAGGAAACGCUGUUAUCCUACUAUGUGACCUGCACCAAGCCCAAGAUCAGAGAGAAUCGAACCCAGCUGGUGUCAGUGGACGAAGGUCAGUCGGCUCGUCUUCAGUGCAGCGCGGAAGGAACGCCACGCCCCAUGAUUUCCUGGAUCACGCCACGCCGGAGACACCUCACCAACAGGAGCCACGGCCGGGUGAUGGUCCACAACAACGGCUCGCUGGACAUCAAGUCUGUGGAAGUCCAGGAUGGUGGCGUGUACGUAUGCGUGGCCUCCAACACGGCAGGAAAUGACACGUUAAUGGUGUCUCUGGCAGUCAAGAGCCUGGGCUCGCUCUAUGCUAACAGGACCCAGUACUAUGUAGACCCCAACAGUACCACUGCCAACAGCACUAAUCUUCCCAACAUGACCUUUGGCUUGGACCUUAAGACCAUCUUAGUGUCCACAGCCAUGGGUUGUUUCACAUUCCUGGGGGUGGUCCUCUUCUGUUUCCUGCUCCUCUUUGUAUGGAGCCGGGGCAAAGGAAAGCACAAAAACAACAUUGAUAUAGAGUACGUCCCGCGCUCCAAGUCCAACGGGGCUUCUGCGGAGGGGGCGGAGCAGGCCGCUGGCCCCCGGCGCUUUAACAUGAAAAUGAUAUAGACAGAUUAAAUGGAUUCCCGGGAAAAUUUAUGCACACAUCUAUUUUGCUAAUGGACCCCAGUACGGGACAGGUCUCGGACCCCUGGACGAAACGUCCGUGUGGAUAUGACCCUGAACGGAAUUGCGGUCUGGUCUGUGCUGUCAUUACCGAACUAUUUUAAAUUUCUAUGAAUCCCUCCUGGAGGUUGCAUUCAAAGACAUUUCUAAAUUGUGUACAGGACAGAUUUGUAAAAUUGAAAAAUUCAAGUAUUACUCUUAUUUGUUGGCUCGCGAAAAAACGCCUUCUCACUUCUACGAACUGACGGACCAUAAACCUGUUUCCUCCUGCAUUGCCCCACAUAUAUGUACGUAAUGCUUAAUUAUGUAUGUGUAUGUUAACAUGUAUGUCACUUUCUAUUUUUUGCAAUACUCACAAGAUGCAAUGUCAGCCAAAAUUCGCAGUUCCCCUCGCUUUCGGAGUAAUUACGACCCUACGGCUAGCGUCUCACUCCUCAAACUGUUUGUGAACUGAGCAGAAAGGGCUUGAGUGGCUUCGAAACAAACAAAACGUUAACCCGACAAUUGCGUGUGCGUCGAUCUAACCCCAAAAUUAUAUGGUAAUACUAUAUUUGUUUAUAAUAUGGAAAAACAUGGAAAAAAACGAGAGAUUAUUUAUUAAGAAAAAAAAAAGCCAAUUGAAGUGCAUAAUACAAGGUGAAUAUUUCAAAAUACUUUAACAAUAUAACAUGUUUUUUUAUGAUUUUUUUGCAGUCAUUCUAUUGUUUACGUUUGUACAUGGACUACUUUUUUGUCCUAAUUUUGUCUUUAUUUUAAUCCAUUCCUUGGACCUUGAUGCUAACCUGAUGAUGAAGUCCAUGUCUCCACAGUGAAGUCACCAUCUUUUGUUUUUUAAUUAUGAUUAUUAUUUUCCCGAGUAACAAAUUUGGACUUUGUUGUGGUAGUUUCUCAUUUUGUUGUUGAAUCAUUUAGAUUGUAAACAGUUCAAAGUAAAAAAAAAAUACAUGUAUGUGGAAUAAAGAAUAUCAAUUUGUA